AUGUCGAUCAUGGAAUGCUUGAAGAACGAAUUCGUUGAGGGCCAACUUUUGGAUGGCCGUUUUCGAACAGUGGCCCCCCUCAAUCAUGGGUCUUUUGGAAUGGUGUUCCUUGCUACAGACACCAAGACUGGGCAAGAUGUAGCCAUCAAAUGCCUACUCAAGAACUCCUCAACGGAUUCGUCCGACUAUCGCUUCGAGGAACUUGAGUGCCACCGACGAUUUGGUUUCCAUCCAAAUCUGGUCAACUUGAUUCAUACAUUCGAUACCGAGAGUCACACCUACCUUGUUUUGGAGUACUGUGCCAAUGGUGAUCUAUACGAGGCCAUCCGCCUCAAUCGUGGUCCUUUGGAGACCGAGCACGUUCGGGACUUCAUGUUACAAUUGAUCAGCGCGGUGGACUUCAUGCACGCCAAAGGCUUGUAUCACCGUGACAUCAAGCCGGAGAAUAUUUUCCUGACACAGGAUGGUUCCAUGAAGCUAGGCGAUUUUGGCCUCGCUACGCAGGACUCGUGGUGUCACGAAGCCUGUGUUGGCAGCGAUCGCUACAUGGCUCCCGAGCAAUACGAACCAAGCACUACAGGGUACUCCCCGGCACAGGCCGACAUUUGGUCUGUGGGUAUCUGUCUGUUGAACAUUCUGUUUGCCCGGAAUCCGUUCGUCACUCCCACGGAGUCCGAUAUCCUCUUUGCGGACUUCGUGCGUGACCGCCAGUCACUCUUCGACAUCUUCCCCAACAUGUCUCAGGACACCUACGACAUCCUGACCCAUGCCUUGACUAUUGAUCCCUCAAAGCGGUCUUUGCUGGAGGUGCGUGACUGCAUCCUUCGCGCCGUUUCCUUCACUACCGAUGAAGAGGCGUUCGAUGGGUUCUGCAUGGAAGGCAGCGAAGAUCGCGAGCCGGUUCCUGCCAGCGCCAACCGUGAACCCCUCCGCACCCCUUCUCUCCAAAGCCCUCACGUCAACCAGGGAGACUCCUUCCCCUGGGCCAAGGCUCUCCAGUCGAGUCCCCCUCAGGCCAUUCGACAACUCUCCGCCAUCCCGGACAACGAGAGCUAUACCGAGGACCUUUUCCCGGCCUCCGAAGCUGCGGGGACCUCUUGGUUCUCACACAUGGACACCCCAUCCAUGGCUUCCGUGUUGGAGUCCCACCUCAGCGAGUCCUUGCUUUCACUCAACCUCGGUAAGCGCACGGCGCCAACUCUCCCUCGCUCAGAUCCGGUUCCAAUCACUGGAUCUCUGCCAUCUCAUGCCACUAAGCCCCUGCCUUCUUUGUCUAUGGUCUUUGGCAACAACCAAGGCGCCGACAAGAUCUCCAAGAGCUGGUGUGACAUGUGGGACGAAGAGGAAUCUGAGAAUGAGGACCUCGCCGUGUUGCAACGCCGGGAACAAAACUCCCGCAGCUGGAGCCAAGAGAGCCAGGGGGUCGCCCUCCCAAGGUUGCGCGAGCCGGACUCCGCUUCCCUCAACCAACGCGCUCAAGGUCUAGAUGUGGGGCUCAAGAUGCAUCGCCGUGAAAUCGUUGAUCUCUGCCUAGAUGAUGAUAGUGACUCGAGCACACCUCGUCCUCUUCGCAACUCUCCACCUGAGUCGUCCAGUGCCGAUAAGUGGUCGAUGCUCGGUGCAGUGCGACGCCAGUACAAGGCCGAGGAUGAAACCCGCAAGUACAAGUCUCGCAAGUCGCGUGAGGUCUUUGGUCCCAAGAACAUGGCUUUGAACACCCGCCGACACGAUUGGGGUCGAGGCACUUCGGGGUACCAGACCAAAUCGAAACCCGCAUCGAAACCCUCAUCGAAACCCUCAUCGCCUGUGGAUGCUCGCCGCCGCUAUCUGCUCGAACAGCAGGACUGGCGCAGCCAUGUCCCCAAUCGCUUUGUUCCAACUUACGACGGAAGCGUUGACGAUGAUCUCGAUCUCGUCGGUGGAUGGCACGAGACUCACUUCUAG